AUGAAUGUAAAGUCUUUAGUUUCACUCUUCGAGUGCGAAGAAAGCACUGGAAAGGUAGACAUGAAGGUGCUCGUUUCACCUCGACCCUAUAUCGAAAAAUUGAUUAUUAAGACUCCUUCUAGAAACAAUGUUGAAGAGCAUAUGAUUUCGAAAAGGAUGAGAGAAAUAAGAACUGAGAAUACUUCACCGAUAGAGAAUGUGAGGGGGAGAGACGAAACUGAAUUGAGCAUAGACCUAAGAAGAGAACUGAAAAAUUACACUUUAAACGAAACUAAUGACCUUACUGAGAGAAGUGAAGACACAGAUGGAGAAAUUGGAGAACAAUGUGGACAAACUAUCAACAACGUCACAGGCAUUGCGAAGAGUAUGCUGGGGCUGGAUCUGGGCCUGGGUUUAUUUGUAUUGAACCAUAACUUGCAACUUGAAGAGCCUAUCAAGUCAAGCUCACCUAAGAUUCUAGAGAGUCCACUUGAAACUUCAGUGGAGCCAAGUGUACCAGAAACAUCUGAGAAUUUGAAUAUACAAAUACCUACAAAUCCAACUAUUUCGGACGCACCCAUAGAUGAAAGCAUAUUAGAAGACGCCAUAGACGAGAAUAAUAGUAACGACUCUUACUCCGUUUCACUAUUCGACGAUUAUCUCGCGAACAUUGAACAAGGCAAAAGUGCAACCAAAUCGAGAAUGGCUGCAAAUGGUGCGGAACAGGAAAUUAGACAAAAGAAAGAUGACCUAGACAUACAAGGUCAAGGUGCGACAGAUGAUGAACCAAGGGAAGAAGAAGACAAAGGGGAAGAAAAGGAAGAAAAGAAAGAGAAGGAAGAAGAGGCAGAAGAGGCAGAAAGAGACAACAGCUACUUCAGUACACCACCCGCAGUUUCUAAAGACAUGUUCAUCACUCCUCCUGAGUCACCUGUUGGCAGCAAUUGUAGUAGCAUUACAUCACCAGGUCUGAUAUAUAAGAUUAAUGUUAAAGAGAGAUAUAGUCGAGUCCUGUCAUUGAAACCUGGUUUUAAUUACGAGCUCCCAAAAUUGAACCCGAUCCCUGAGAGCAAGUCUAUACCCAUACUGAACCCAUUAAGUAGUUCUACUCUUUCAUGUGCAAGCUCGCCUUCAAGGCCACUUUCAACACCACCCAGAAUCUACACAAGAGACUUUCAGCGCAAGAGGAUUAUCCGAAUGGAGGACACAAUAGAUGACGGUGAUGGAUAUAGCGACAUGUAUUCAAAUAUUUUCAAAACUCCUGUCAAGAAGAGCGCAGAACCAUCUGCAUCAAUGGGGAUGCCCAAGGUGGUGCCCAGAGUGAUGCCCCAUUUGAUGACUAAGACCAGCCUGUACAAUGAAAAACUGCACUGGUUCAAUCGGAACCCAUUUAAGAAGAGAAAGGAAAGAGAUUUUCACUUAUCGAUUCCAAGAAAGUUAGUCAUUUCUGAACCUCAAAAUGUUAGGGAUAUAGCCUUUGAAGCAUAUUCCAAACGAAUAGGCGUAACACAAGUCCACCCUGUGGUUAAGCUAUUGAACACCGGUCCCAAAAAGGUGGAUAGGGCCGUUCAAACAGAGCCCUUGAAAGUUUCCACUGCAUUUGAGAUGACUCGAUGCUCUAUACAGAGGUUGAGAGAAAAUCAGAGAGAGAGCAGAGCGGAGUAUGAAUCUAAGAAGCAACAGUGGGAUCCUACAGCAUUCAAGAAAGAAGCAUUUGGAGAAUAUGUUGAUAUGAUAUUCAAUCUCUGA